UUUCCACCUCGGACCCAGUCGUGCACGAACAAGUCCCCACUUAUCUGAGCCUAAAAAUAGCGUUCCAGAGGGGCCCCAUUUCAAUAGUCGCGACCCAGAACCUUGGGUGCUUGGUGAGGGAGCAACAUGGAGGACAUCUCAACAAUCCGGAAACACCAAGUCAAUAACCACAGAAAAUUGGGCCGGUGCUGCUUGGAUGACAUGCCUCCUCCGCACACCGCCUGGAGCCGCAGCGAUGGAUCUUCCAGCUGCUUUGAGUAAGAAGACGCCACGCCGCAGAGACGACCGCGUCAUUCUCCAUUUUGACCUCGACUGUUUCUAUGCACAGUGCGUCGAGAACCAGCAGCCGUCGCUGAGGACGGUGCCCCUGGGCAUCAAGCAGAAGGGCAUUCUCGCCACCUGCAACUACGUGGCCCGCCGGCAUGGGGUUAAGAAAUUGAUGCCCAUUGCCGAGGCAAAGCGGAUCUGCCCGGACCUCGUGCUUGCCGAUGGCGAGGACCUGUCGCCUUUCCGGGACGUGUCCAAGCGGCUUUAUAACCUGCUCCGGUCUUACUCAUGGAAUGGCAAAGUGGAACGGUUGGGUCUGGAUGAGAUAUUUCUGGACGUCACCGAUCUCAUAUCUUAUAAUGUGGAGCUGCUAAAUCGGAACGCCCUGCAACACUCCUAUUUUUGUCUCUCCCGCUCGGACCCGGAGGUUGGCUUCGAAUUCGACGCGACGUCCUUUGCCGGAUGCAUCCAUGGAAAUGAUGGCGGUCCAACCGAUGAGAGUGCGCCGCGUACGCGGCUUCUGCUCGCCUCUCACCUCGCGAGGUAUCUGCGACUGAAGAUCGAGGACGAGGGUUACACCACCGCCUGCGGCAUAUCGACUAGCAAGCUACUGGCCAAGUUGGUUGGCGGCAAGAAUAAGCCGCGGAACCAAACAACCCUCCUUGGCCUCAAGCCGGAAGAUGUCUUAUCCUUCAUGGACGAGCACAAGCUCCGGAAAGUUCCCGGGAUAGGCGGCAAGAUCACUCGGGUGCUGGAAGGCUUCGUCCUCGGCAAGGAACCCGAGCUGGACAUCCACUCUAUGGAAUGUUCGACCACGGUAGGCCAAGUUCGUACCCACCCUGGCAUCUCGCCCCCGGUCCUCGAGCGGCUCUUUUCCGGUCCCGGCUCGGAAAAAGGGCUCGGCAACAGAGUAUGGCUACUCCUCUACGGCGUGGACGACACCGAAGUCAAAGCAGGCCGCGACGUGCCCACCCAGAUCAGCAUCGAAGACACCUUCAAAGGCCUUAACGACCCUUCCGAUAUCCGCCGCGAGCUGCUCGCCAUAACAACCUCGCUCCUCCGGCGCAUGCAGAUCGACCUUGUCGAGGACGUCGACAGCACCGUCGAAGGGGGGAAAAGGAGAUGGCUGGCCCAACCCAGAACAAUCCGCCUCACCACGCGUCCCUACACUCGCCCCUCCGAUGAUAAGCCCUACAACUGGGCCCGCAGCUCCCGCAGCUGUGCUUUGCCAUCUUUCGUGUUCAGUAGUACUACCAGCUGCAGCAGCAGAGAAGAGAUCGCCGAGCGCCUGGUGAACGACACGCUCUUGCCGCUCUUCUACAAGCUGCAUCCUCAGCAGGGAGGCCAUGAUGGUGGGUGGAACAUCGGACUGCUCAACGUCUGCGUGACCAACAUGUCCGGCGGAGAAGGGGCCGUGGUGGGCGGGAGGAGGGACAUCGGGGAGAUGUUUAGGCGCUAUGGGGAGCAGCUGAGGGAGUUCACAGUCUACGACGAUGAUGGAGAAGGGGAAGUAAAUGAUGAACAGCGUGCUAGUGGUGAGGGGAGGGUGGAGGAUGAGGAAAUGGUAAGCUCUGGCGCGGCGGAGCAGGAGGAGGCCCACCGGAGCGACGGUGAUGAGGAUGAGGAUGAGGAUGAGGAUCAGGAUGACGGAGAUGGUUCGGAGCCUGGAUGGGAACCCGAUGAUACGCAAGAUGACGACCUGGAUAGAUGUCAGCUGUGUGAUCGGCUUAUUCCGAGGUUUGCCUUGUUGGCUCACCAACGGUAUCAUAGUAUGGAGGGUCCCUAAUAAUUGGACUCUUCUGGGAUGAUAGCAUAUAACAAAGCAUGAUGAUACUGGAAAGUAUGUAGUCGGUUGGCCUUUGGUUCUCGUGUGGCGACUCUUGCGCGGUGGGUAGCGUUGUCUCCAUUCCUAGCUGGGCGCAGUAUGUAGCCUAAGGUUUGUUUUACAUCCAGCCUUUGCGCUGUGAAGACGGUUCGGGGGACAGGU